AUGUCUCUGACGCAGGCUAAGCUACCCAGGGACUGGAAGGAUGCCAUUAUAAGCCCUAUCUUCAAGGACGGGGAUAGGCAAUUGGUAUCUAACUACAGGCCGGUAAGUCUGACAUGCAUUAUUGCAAAGGUACUGGAAACUAUUAUAAGGGAUCAACUAUUAGCUUAUGUUGAAACACAUGGCUUGUUGGCUGUGGAACAGCAUGGAUUCCGACCAGGACGAUCCUGCUUGACAAACCUACUAUUGGCUAGGGAAGACUGGGUUGAGGCCAGAGAUAGGGACCAUCUGUUGGACGUGGUUUUUAUUGAUCUUAGCAAGGCGUUCGACAAAGUAUCCCACUUAGGUCUCCUUAGUAAACUGAAAGGUUUCGGACUAGACCAAUGCCUAUGUGAGUGGUUUAGAGAUUACUUAAUGGAUAGAAGGCAGAAGGUUAGAGUUAACGGUGUACUAUCAGGAUGGAAAGCAGUAUCCAGUGGAGUGCCCCAGGGAACUGUAUUAGGUCCAUUGCUAUUCCUAUUAUACGUUAACGAAUUACCAGGGAUUCUUUCUUCAUCUUCAUUAUUAUUUGCAGAUGACAUUAAGAUAUGGAAAACUGUAAACAAUAACGAGGAUAGGUCGGCCCUACAAACUGAUUUAGAUAAAUUAGCUGAGUGGUCAAGCCUAUGGAGUUUGGAAAUGAAUGCUAGGAAAAGCGCGGUAAUGCACUUAGGUCAGAAGUCUUAUACGUCGUACUCCCUAGGGGAUGCAGAACUACCUGAUGUUAACGAACAGAAGGACCUAGGAAUCAUUGUCAGCAAUGAUUUGAAAACAACUGCAAAUUGCAAUGCAGCCGCAGCUAAAGCUUUUCGAAUGCUAUGGGCAAUUCGAAGGGCUUUCAAACGAUUAGACGAGGGCAUGUUCCAAAUACUCUACGCAACAUAUGUCAGGCCUCAUCUAGAAUACUGCAUACAAGCGACGAGUCCAUGCUUCAAAAAGGAGGCACAUAUUCUGGAAAGAGUACAGAGAGUAGGAACAAAAUUAGUUAGUGGUAUCUCACACCUUCCUUAUGAUAAGAGGAUGGAGCAUUUAAAUCUCUUCCCGUUAUCAUACCGAAGGAAGAGAGGCGACUUAAUUUUAGCAUACCGUAUACUUAAGGGUGAUUUAGGAACUGACCUUUCUAACCUUUUCUCCCCUUCUAGGAUACAUUUACGGGGUCACCGCAAAAAGGUGCUCAAACCAAGGACGAUUAAAAUACGUGCAGAAUUUAGAUUCUCUCACAGAGUGGUCAACGAUUGGAACUCCUUACCUGAUUCAGUAGUAUCAGCUCCAUCGGUGAACGCUUUCAAAGAGAAGUUAGAUCUCUGCAGAGAUAUACUUUGCAAGGAUUAACACAGGCCACAAGAGCCUUCUAUCCUUAUCAUCUGAAUCUGAUGCGUCGACGACACAUUUGUAAUAAUCAAAAGAAAUGAGUUAGAUAAAACUAACUACUUAAUAAACAACGUCUUCAACG